UCAAGAGCAAAUUUGCAUCAAAUUAAUUAGAAAAACCAUUAUGGAGUGGAGCAUAGUGAGAAAAUAUUUUGGAUGUCUGUCCACUUUUUCUGCUGAGAACAACCAAUCAGAAAAAACCAAUAUUGUUCUUCCAUGUUCCUAUUCUGCUGAUUCUAAACUUCAUAUAUAUAAUUUUGAAGAAAUAAAGACUGCCACUAAAAAUUUCAGCCAUGAUAGUUUUAUCAGUGAAGACAAGUUUGGGAAAAAUUAUGCAGGGGCUGUUCAUGGAACUGUAAGGGUCUUGUUUAAGGUCUUUAAUCUAGGUGUCAUUAAUCAAGUAUCCGAGCAGGAGUGGCUGGAAGAUGUUACGUACUUUGGGCAUUUGCGACACCGUCAUUUAGUGACAUUGAUAGGAUAUUGCUGCAAGGACAAGCACCGGAUACUAGUAUAUGAUGAUGCCGAUCUUAUGUGCCCCUUAGGACCUAAUCUGUAUCAUGAUUCUGUACCUCUUGCAUGGACCAAUAAGUUGAAAAUUGCUCGAGGAGUAGCAAAAGGUCUGGCUGGCCUCCUCGGAACCGACAAGCCCUCAAUUUCCAUCGAUUGCAUUAAUACCUCAAAUAUCUUAAUAGACAUGAAAUGCAAGUCCAAGAUCAUGCAUUUCAAACACUCAAUGGAUGGUCGAGGGGGAACCCUCAAAACUGAUACGGAAGGUGAAAACUUGGUUACGGAUGUCUUGUUCCGAUAUGGUGUAAUUCUUUUGGAAAUACUAACCGGGUUACCAUCAAAAAUCAGUGAUCAAAACAGAUCAAACAGUAGAGAAAACCUCAUCGAAUGGCACGGGCGGAAACUAAAAAGCCCACAAGAUAUCAUCGAUGUAAUGGACAAAAAACUUGAAAGCCAGUACUCAAAAGCAUCUGCAAGAUUAGCAGCUUCAUUGGCAUACAAUUGCUUGGGCCAGGACCGGAGAGAAAGACAUACAAUGGACAGCGUAUUAGAGGAUAUGAAACUACUAAAAGAAUAUGAUUCAGUUUUAUCAGGGGACAAUUAUACGCACAGUGGGCACCAUGGGGGGAUAAAAACCCAAAAAAUAAGAAGAAAAUAAAAUUAAAAUGUUGAACGGAGGGGAUAUGUUUGAAAUAUACCAUGUACUACUCUCCACCUCCUCUAUACAGUAUAAUAGGGAAUGAAUUCCAAUUUCUUUUAUUUUGUUUCCAUUGGAAAACUGGUUGGUGUGAUUUUUUUUAUUUUCUUCUCUGUACGUUGGUUUCAUGAGGUUAACGAUAUGACCCAAGAAUUUGUUUGAUUGUAAUAAUGUAUAGUUUUCUAUGUCCAGACCAAAGAAUUCAUUUGUUGCACGGA